CAUAUAACAUAUUACAAAGGGUAUAUAAAAUACAUCAUGAUGUCUUGGAUACCAUUAGAAUCAAAUCCAGAUGUUAUGACAACGUUUUUACAUAAACUAGGCGUACCAAAGGAAUGGAGUAUUAUUGAUGUUUAUGGACUAGAACCUGAUUUAUUGGCACUUGUACCUAGGCCAGUUCUUGCUGUCAUUUUGCUAUAUCCUUUACGUAAAAAGACUGGCAAUGGUUUAGAAAGUGAAGAAGAUGUUAAAGAAAGUGAUACAAGUACUCCAAGCCUUAAAGAUCCAUCAGUUUAUCAUAUGAAGCAAUAUAUUCAUAAUGCUUGUGGCACAAUUGCAUUAAUUCACAGUAUUGGAAAUAAUUUAGAUCGUAUAAAUCUGCAAGAUGGUGUUUUAUACAAAUUUUUGAAUGAAUCAAAAGAUCUUUCCUUUUCGGAACGUGGAGAGCUUUUGAUGAAGUCACAAGAUAUUGGUAACACACAUGAAGAAUUGGCACAUGAAGGACAAACAGAGGUACCAAGUCAAGAAACACCAAUAUACCACCAUUUUAUAGCAUUUAUCCAAAGAAAUGGAGUUUUAUAUGAAUUAGAUGGACGUAAAUCUGGUCCUAUUGAGCAUGGUGCAACUAGUCCAGAAACACUAUUAGAAGAUGCUGCACGCGUGUGUAAAGAAUAUAUGGCUCGUGAUCCGGAAGAAGUGUGUUUUACAGUUGUUGCUCUUGUCAAUAGUGAUGCAGAAGCAUUUUGACUUAAUACCUAAAAUGUAAUGUAUACACUUUUUAAAUAAUUUAUUUUCUAUACUAUAUAUAUACAUAUACAUUUGCUCUAUUAAUUUGCAUUUAUUAACAUUUGCUUGUUACUAUAUUGUAAUAUGUGUAUUAUUCAUAAAAUAAGUACAUGCUUAUAAAUAUUUGUCCUACUAUCAACAAAUAUAAUUCUUCUUUUUUAUGUAAAUGUUUAAUAACAAAAAUAUAAAAAAUAUUCAAAUAUUA